AUGGUCAGUCGAACCCCUAUUGCAGUGUUUGCACAUUUAAUGGGCCGGAAAAUCAUAAGAAUCAAUAAAUAUGUGGUGGUACGGUUGUGGUUCCUCGUGCUCGUUUUGCUACUUGCCCUAUCGAGUCUCGUAGUCCUUAAUGAAGACUUACAGGAAACGACCAUUAGUCCAAUACGGAACUAUUUGAAAAGCUGGGACCAAGUGGAGCUAGAUGUAAGCAAAAUGGAUCCCAGAGAUAUUCCCUACAGUUACAGAAAGUUUGACUCUAAAGUUGACAAGCCUUUUCUUAAGGGAGGUGGAUGCCAAGUCCCUUCUCGUCUGGAAGACAAGGCCAAUGCGGCGUUGGUUGUACUUUCAAGAAAUAAAGAGUUGAACGACGUCGUGAAAUCAAUGAAAUCUCUAGAGCGUCAUUUUAAUCAAUGGUACAAUUAUCCGUGGGUAUUUCUCAACGAUGAACCCUUUGAUGACGAAUUCAGGAAGACUGUUGCUCGAUACACAAAAUCCGAGAUUGAAUUUGGUUUGAUCCCUAAGAAGGAGUGGGACUUCCCCGAGGACGUGGAUGCAGCAGAACUUGAGGAAAGUAUAGAGUCCCAGGGUGAUAGGAGGAUCAUGUAUGGAAACUUGGAAUCCUAUCAUAAAAUGUGUAGGUUUUACUCGGGAUACUUUUAUGAACACGAAUUAGUGAAAAAGAGGGAUUGGUAUUGGAGAGUAGAGCCUGAUGUAGAGUUUUACUGUGAUAUCACGUAUGAUCCUUUCUUACAAAUGGAAAAGAAUAACAAAAAGUACGGGUUCACGGUCAUGAUCAAUGAUUUAUACUACACAUUGCCGGGUUUAUUCAAAGAAACAAAGAAAUUUAUUAAAAAGCAAGAAAGUGCGAUGGGUGAAAGGUUUAAAUUGGGUAGUUUAUGGAAACUAUUCAUUCAUGAUUCCAAAAUAACCACUGGGAACUACGAAACGAGAAAGAAGUACGAUGACUUAUCGAACCAAAAAGAAGUCUUUAUAGAAAUGGAGUUGAACAUAUUAACUGAAAAAUUUCUUGCCUUGGAGAAUAAAAAAGAUUCCAUGGUGAUGGGUGAUGGUGGAGUGUAUCAAAGAAUUGUCGAUCAUAUCGUCAAAAAAAUGAAGCUGCGUCCGAAGUUAUGGGAGGAUAGGUUAGACAGGGAAGAGUAUAAUCUAUGCCAUUUCUGGUCAAAUUUCGAGAUAGCGAGAACCGACCUAUUCAAUAGCCCGACGUACAAGGCAUAUUUUCAACAUUUAGAUGCAAGUGGUGGGUUUUACAAAGAAAGAUGGGGGGAUGCUCCUGUUCAUUCGUUGGGGGUUGCAAUGAUGCUUGAACUAGACGAAGUUCACUACUUUAGAGAUAUCGGGUAUCGUCAUUCAGUUUUAUCACACUGUCCUAAAAACUCCAAAAACCAAUUACCGUAUCAAAAGAGUGAUCUGUAUAUUAAGGGUCUAAUGACGCCAAAGGAGGAGAAGCAUUGGAUUCAUUUCGAUAAAGUGAAUACAAAUAUAGACGGAGGUACUGGGUGUAGGUGCAAGUGCCCAGGAAACAGUGCAGAAACUGAAGAUAAAAGAAACAUGUGCAUGCAGAAAUGGUACGACAUCACUAGGGACGACUACACUAUUGCUAAACCUAUUGAUGUCGAUUAUUGGGAAAAUGAGAUCCGGAAGAGAAUUGAUAGACACUUGAAAAAGGGUCAUAAAUUAGGUGAAGAUCGGGUAGUGGUAUAA